AUGACAGAUAUUCUAUACAAAGAGAGUUUUUGGAUCGUGAUGUGUAAGUUGCUGUUAUUUGAUUUACGUGUUCGCCUAUUGAAAUUUCAUGAACAACAAGGUUACAUUUCAGUCAUAUAUUUUUUGGAUCAGCAGGAUUAUGUAUUAGUUAUAUAUUUAGUAACAUAUAUUGAAACAGCAAGAUUGCAUUGGUAUCUAAAAGUAUUAGCUAUGCAAGAAAGAGUUCUAGAAG